UUUCAUUGUUGACCUUCAAAAAAAAUUUUUACUGUUAAAAAAGAUUAUUCUCUUGUUUUUUGUUAAUUACAAUUCGUCAGUUGAAUAUUUUAAUACUGACGUGAAUUCAACAAUUCAUGAUUACAAUAAUGAUUAAAAUUCAAACUAUAAUUAGCCAAUAAAUGUUUCGAGUUUAAUCGAUGUUCAAAUGAUAUAACCUGAAAAAGUUACAACUCAAACCACUGGAUUAUUUUAAAAUAAUUUAUGAGAUAAAUAAUCGACUACCAACAACACAUCCAUUAAGUGAAUCGUUAUGGCCAAAUACUUAGCCCAAAUAAUUGUCCUAGGGACCCAAAUAAUUGGUAAAGCUUUUGCCCGAGCACUUCGCCAAGAAAUAGCGGCUAGCCAAGAAGCAGCAAAACGUGCUGGUGGUGGUGUAAAAGGUACACAAAGUGCUACAACUACAACAAAAACUGGAAUAUCACUUGAAGAGGCUCUUCGUAUCUUAAACGUUGAAAAACCUACUCAAAAAGAUGCCAUUGAAAAAAAUUACAAAUACUUAUUUGAUGCCAAUGAUAGAUCAAAAGGUGGAUCUUUUUACCUCCAAUCUAAAGUUGUUAGAGCGAAAGAAAGAAUCGAUGCAGAGUUGAAACAUUUUCAAUCUACAAAUGAUCAGACGACAGAAAAAAAUGUGUAACCAUUGUGUGACUCUAGGAUUUAAUGAACAUGAAUUUUGUAAAUAGUAGUACUCAACAUUAUUGAAUAAUUAAAUGAUAAGAAAUAAAAAAUAAGUUGAAAAUUUUA